AUGAGCUAUUACACUACAAAUUACGGUGGAGAUACCCAAAACCCGUCGCAAAUGAACUUGAAUGCCCAGCAACAAACGUCACUGGCCUCGUUGCUGGCCAACGCAGCCGCUGCUCAGCAGCAACAACAGCAGUCGUCGCUGGUGUCGCCUGGCCAACUCUACAACAAUAAUUCCAACCUGGGAGGAGCAGGACCUGCUUUGUCGACGUCAAACUCGUCAACAGCCUCGUCGACGUAUCAAUCGCUGCUUCUUUCCUCUCCACAGACAUCUGUGGCCUCGCUUUACUCGACACAACGUGCGAGAUUCAUGUCUUCCAAAGGAUUCGAUCUCGAAGACGACAUGGAGUUCUGUCCGGAGAUUGUGCAUGUUUCUGGCAAAAGCAAGUUCAACCCGUACACGUCGCAGACUUUCAGUCCUCACACGUCGCCAGAGGCAUUGCCGCACGCACAAACGUCGCCCCAAAGUCCGUCCGUUUCUUCUAUGACCCCUCGUCCGUCCACUCCUCGGGUCAAGAAGGUUCUGGAGAUCGUCAACCCGCACACGGGCGUCAAGAUCUCCCAGAACAACGUGUCGGUGAAAUGA